AUGAUAUUGAUUGUUUCUGAUUUAGAAAAAGUUAUAGAAAUUCAACAAGAACAAUUACAAAAAAGUAACGAAAAUAUUAAAAGUGAAGCAAAGCCAUCAGAUAUUGUAAAUUGUUUAGAAGACAAAAUACAGAAACUUCAACAAGAAUUAGAAACUAAAGAUCAUCAAUCAAAGCAAAAUCUUAAAGAAUUAGAACAACAAUAUCGAGACAUUAAGCUUGGUUAUGAAAAACGAAUGAAAACAGUUGAAUCACAGUAUCAACAACAAAUUAAUAUUUUAGAAAAAAAAUUGAUAGAAAGUGGGUCUGUCCAACAAGGUAAUAAUUCAGUUCAGAUUUUUCCAAAAACUUCACAAAGUUCCCAAUGUUCAAUAUUGGACUGGAAACGAUGGGACUACAUUGUUGCUGAAAAUAGAGAUUUAGUUAUGAAGUCAGAAAAAUUGAAAAUAGAGAUAGAAGAAUUAAGAACAGAAUAUAAGAAAGUUAAAGAAGAAGCUGGACGUAUAAUUUCUGAAACGCAGCAUGAAACGCAAGAGAUGAUAUCAAAAAUGAGAUCUGAAAUGGAAGAUUUAAAGAUGGAACAUGAAAAGUCGGAAAUUAGAGCAAGAACUUUAAUUAGAAAUGCUCAAAAAGAAUCACAAGAAAUGGCCAAACAAUUAAAAACAUUACAUGUCAGGCAUCUUCAACAAGCCUGGAUAGAAAAUAUUUCAUCUGCUAAAACUUAUUCUGAAGAUUAUCAGAAGAUUGCUGACUUAACAAAUAAAUUGGAAACAAAAGAAAUAAUUAUCAAUCAACUAAAAUUAAAAAUUGAAGAGUAUGAAGAGGAGAAAGAAAAAAUUAAAAUAUUGGAAAUGAGAAACUCAGAUUUGGAAGACAAGCUUAAAGAGUUAAAUAUCACUUUAAAUCGAAUAAUUAGUUCUCAGAAUCCUCAACAAAAGGAAAUAAGUCUAUUAAAAGAAGAAAUAAGGAUUCUGGAUAGAAGGCAUAAAAGUAGAGAAGAAGAAAUACAGAAACUUUUAUUUAAAUUGAAACAACAAGAUUCAAAAUACUUGAAGAAAGAAGUAGAAAAAUGGCAACAGAGAGUAAUAGACAAAAAUAAAGAAAUUGAAGGAUUUCGUGAAGAAUUGGAUGUCAUAUUGAGGUUUUUGGAGGAACUGAAGCAGCAGGGUAUCACCAUACCUCGUGCCAGGUCUGCAGUGUUAUAAUGGACUAUACUUACAAGUAAAUUAGAUGUUUUCCAAGAAGAAUUUUAAACUGUAAAUAAAAUUAUAAUUUAUGCAAACAUUUAAAAAAUAAUUUAAAACAAGAAAAUUGUGAUAUAUUCAUGUAAAGAA